AUGAAGUCCUUCGCUGCUCUCUUCGCUGCUGCUGCCCUUGCUAUCCAGGCCUCUGCCCACUAUACAUGGCCUGGGCUCAUCAGUUCUGGCGCUACGUCUUCUGAUUGGGACUACGUUCGCGAGACGAACAACUAUGAGGACCUUGGCCCUAUGACGGACGUUACGUCUGAUGACGUUCGUUGCUACGACACUGCGAUGUCGGGUACUACGGCUUCGACUGCUAGUGUUGCCGCAGGUGACACUAUUGGACUCACCGUCCAUGGAAACCCGUCCAACCUCUACCACCCUGGUGUCGUGAACGUCUACAUGGCGCAAGCUCCAUCUGGUACCGACGUCGCUGACUGGGACGGUUCUGGAGAUGUUUGGUUCAAGAUCUUUGAAAUCUCAGCCGUCACGGACGGAGGCUCGACCAUCACUUUCCCCUCUCAAAAUAUGUCUUCCGUCUCGUUCCCUAUUCCGUCUGAGACUCCCUCUGGACAGUACUUGGUCCGCAUCGAGCACAUCGCCAUCCACAGCGCGUCUUACUACGGAGGUGCUCAGUUCUACAUCGGCUGCGCUCAAGUCGAGGUCACUGGAGGUGGAAGCGGUACACCCGGUCCUCUCGUCUCCUUCCCAGGAGCUUACACUGGCUACGAGCCCGGCAUUCUCAUCGACAUCUACUACCCCAUCCCAGCCAACUACACUCAGCCCGGUCCUGCUGUGUGGCCUGCUUCUUAG